ACUUGUCAGCUGAUGUACCGUGAAGUAUCGUCGUUGCAUUCAAUAAAAGUGUUUUGCUAAAUCUUUUCAAUUAUCCUUAUUCUUUUCAUUGUAAUGGCUCUUCAUUCUGCAGGAAAAGGUAAACUCCUUGCUGUGAUCGGAGAUGAGGAUACUUGUGUUGGAUUCCUCUUGGGCGGAGUUGGCGAGAUUAAUAAGCAUCGUCAACCCAAUUUCUUGGUCGUAGAUAAAAAUAUAGCAGUAAGUGACAUAGAAGAUACAUUUAAACGAUUCAUUAAACGAGAUGAUAUCGAUAUUAUCCUUAUCAACCAAAAUGUGGCGGAAAUGAUUCGUCAUGUAAUUGAUAGUCAUACACAACCUAUACCAUCAGUCUUAGAAAUUCCCAGUAAAGAUCACCCGUACGAUGCCACUAAAGAUUCCAUUUUAAGACGCGCCAAGGGAAUGUUUAAUCCAGAAGAUAUGCACUAAUCCAUGUACAUAAAAUGUUGAGCCAUAUGAAAAUUAUAAAUAUAUAUGAUUUGUAUGGCACCUAUUAAUCUUUGUAUUUGAUGUUACUAUGUUGAUAUAGUACACUUGUAAAGAAUAGAAAUAUGUACAACA